CCCGCCCACAGCCGCCGAGCACGGCGCUGCCGUAAAGCGCGCCGCGCUGUCGUAAAGCCCCGCGCCCACCAUUCGCCUCCAGCCUCCUAUUCUCGACCGCGCUUUACGCCAACGCCGUUGCGCCACCAUCCUCCCAUCGACUGCGCUUGCGCCGCGCUCCGCUCCGGACUCUCCGGGCGCUGGGAGGACGCCGUGCAGGAUGUUCUCUCCACCAAAGAUCUCCUCGUGAGCGGCGACGAUGACCGCCCCGGCAGCGCCUCGGGAAGCAGCGACACUGCAGUAGCCCGGCUCGUCCCAGCGCCGCACACCGGGAUGCUGCACUGAGCCGGGGCGGCCCCGCUUCUGUUCUCCUCCCCCCCCCCCCCCCUCCGACCUCGACUUUCAGCAGCUCUGGGAUUUGUAUGGCAGCGGCGUAACCGUGGAGAGGCCGGGGUAUCACAAACUGAUGGAUUUUGAUAAGAGAGGAGGGAAAGGGGAGCUGGAGGAAGGUAAAAGGAUGUCCAAAACGGGUGGAGGAAGGAGCAGCCAUGGAAGUCGGAGCGCCGGAACCAACUCGGGAGUCUUAAUGGUGGGUCCCAACUUCCGCGUCGGAAAGAAGAUCGGAUGCGGCAAUUUCGGGGAGCUCCGCUUAGGAAAGAACCUCUACACCAACGAAUACGUAGCGAUCAAAUUGGAGCCCAUCAAGUCUCGGGCCCCGCAGCUGCACCUGGAGUACCGCUUCUACAAGCAGCUCGGCAAUGCAGAAGGAAUUCCUCAGGUUUACUACUUCGGCCCCUGCGGGAAAUACAACGCCAUGGUGCUGGAGCUGCUGGGCCCCAGCCUGGAGGAUCUGUUCGAUCUGUGCGACCGCACCUUCACCCUCAAAACCGUCCUGAUGAUCGCCAUCCAGCUGAUCACACGGAUGGAGUACGUCCACACCAAAAGCCUCAUCUACAGAGACGUCAAACCGGAGAACUUCCUGGUGGGGCGGCCGGGCAGCAAACGGCAGCACACCAUCCACAUCAUCGACUUCGGCCUGGCCAAAGAGUACAUCGACCCCGAGACCAAAAAACACAUCCCCUACAGAGAGCACAAGAGCCUGACGGGGACGGCGCGCUACAUGAGCAUCAACACCCACCUCGGGAAGGAACAAAGCCGCAGGGACGACCUGGAAGCGUUGGGCCAUAUGUUUAUGUACUUCCUCCGCGGGAGCCUUCCCUGGCAGGGCCUGAAGGCGGACACACUCAAGGAGAGGUAUCAGAAGAUCGGGGACACCAAACGAGCCACGCCGGUGGAGGUGCUGUGUGAGAACUUCCCAGAGGAGAUGGCCACAUACCUGCGCUACGUGCGGCGCUUGGACUUCUUUGAGAAGCCGGACUACGAUUACCUGCGGAAGCUCUUCACGGAUCUGUUUGAGAGGAACGGUUAUGUGUUCGACUACGAAUACGACUGGGCCGGGAAACCGCUGCCCACCCCCAUCGGCACGAUGCACAGCGAGGUGCAGGUGCAGCCCCCGAGCAGAGACAAAGCACAGCCACACACCAAACACCAGCCGCCCGAGGGGACGGAGCAGUGGGAUGCUCACGCUGGCGGGCAGCCCGCCGAGGAGCCCGGGGGAGCUCGCCUGGCAGCCGGCAGGCUCGGGGGGUCCGUGCAGGUGAUGAGCUCCACCAACGGAGAGCUGAACACGGACGACCCGACGGCGGGGCACUCAAACGCGCCCAUCACCGCCCCCACCGAAGUGGAGGUGACCGACGAUACAAAGUGCUGCUGUUUCUUCAAGAGGAGGAAGAGGAAAAGCACCAAACGCCAUAAGUGAGCGCGGGCGGCGCAGCGGUGCGGGGCUCCCCUCCCUCCGGCCGUGCCGGACGGUGCCCGCGGUGCCGUGGGGUGGGAGCGCCCCGACGCCCCCACGCAGCAGAGCGGCGCCUCCCCCCGCCCGGCCCGGCCGCUCUCGCGUUCCGCAUCCGCCAAAAAAGAUUAAAAAAAGAAAAAAAAAAAAAAAAAAAA